UGCGAUAAGAAGAAUUUCUGCGGGCAAUCAAGAACGCCCACCCAAUGAGGCUUAGUCGCCAGUAGACUAUACUUCAUCUGGUAUAGCUCAAACUACUUACCCACAGCCUACAACGUUGUAGAGGUAUCACCAGGUCAGGCUGAGUGAGCGAGGAGAAACAUGGAAAGUACUCUACAACUGGUUAGAAUGCUUGGGAGUAUUUACUCCGUCAAGAAUUAGUAAAUCAUCCGCUAUGGAGUAGCUGUGGUGCUGAGUGAGACGGCACUUUUCGGAAGUCAAGAGUUUUGCACUGCUCAACCAGACGCUGAUUGUUUCUACCCAGAUAAUUAACCACAUGGCUGCGGAGAAUGAAGAGCACACACGCGCUGCACGUUAAAGGUUUGAGCCUUUUGGAGAAAGCAUAAUCAUAAAGAGCACAGAAACCUGAAGUCACGAAGUACUGCCGAGUACUCUCGAAGACCAUAGUGUCGAAGAGAAGCCCUCAGAGUACCUGAUCAACUGACUCGAUUCCUCACACGUCAAACCAUCUACCAAUAAUGGCCCUUCGCAAAUGGCUAGCGGUUCAAAUCGCUGGGUUCCGGGUCCAGGAUUGUCAGCGAAAUUCGGCAUAAGCGAUGAGGAGACAAUGCGUGAUUUUGUCAUUGGACUUCGGCGUAGUUUGAGGUGUCACCAGCCCAAUGGCACCCAAAUAUAUGCAACAUACUUAUUCGGAAACAGCGGUAAAGCAUCGAGGCACAAACGGAUGGCAUGUCAGAUGCUUGUACAGCACUUUGGAGUACUACUAGUACACACGGGAUAGUGAAUGACACAAGAAUGAUGGCACUGUUUGGGACGCUUUGGUCGGAUUAGUUCUAUAAUGGUCAAGUGAGGGAUGGCGAGUGGGGAAGACGAUCGAUGACUCCCAGUCGGUCCCCAUGUCAUUCACGCGGCACGCCAUUUAUUUCUCCUCACCAUUCUUCCUAUUAACUGUCCCCGGUGGACGAGUUUCUCAAAAAUUCGUUGCUUGUAUCCUGUUCCGAUCCUUGCCUCACUUGCCUUGACCUGUCCAACACCCAGUUCCCAUCGCCUUUUCCCCCGUACUGAUCGUUACUUGCCGCCACCGGAGGUAUCUUUAAAGUCAAUCCACCCGCCGACAAUAGUUAUCGAGUUUUCAGUGACUUAUCCAACGACUACCCACGUUUUCUUCUGAUUCAUGGCUCUUUUGUGGCGAUGUUUGAAGGGAGCUUGAACGAAUACGACUUCCUUAUCUCCUCGUGACAAUGCCUAUAUUCCGAGACCCCGAUAGUCGGCAAUUCUAUGAUCUUCGGUCCAACGAGCAACAGUCGACUCAGGAUGUGCGCCGACAUGACUCGUGCUGCUGGAUAGAUUAUCAUGAAGUCAAUCAUGAUACGAAUCCAUUGGAUCAAACUGAUGCUUCCUUCCGUCAGCGUUCUAGGGAGAAUUUCACUCCGACGAGGUUGCAUGCGCAGGAUCGAGAACAAUUGAUUCAUUAUAUAAAAACCUCAGAAGCCUCGAAAUGGCCCGAUCACUACUUGCUCGGAAACCAUGGUGCCGGCCACCACAAACCGUUUCCCUACGAGGAGUCUCCAGGCGCAAAUGGGCACGAUGCAGAGAACACUCUCUUGCAAGAAGGUUUUCGAAGCCAUAAUCUAGAACUCGCAUCCCCAGCCGAAAUUGAGCGCCCACGCUCGGCACUACACUCAGGCGAUUUUCGAGAGGGAACCUCCCAGCUCGAAGGUCAGCAGCAAAUACCCCAGUCGCCUAUACCGAGCCGUAGUAGCAAAUUUCCAAUCUCUCUUCUCGCCUCUUCGCCCACCACGCCCUGGUUUACCGGUCCCUCUUUCUCACCGCGGACGCAGACCGCGCCAGUGCAAGCUUUGGAAGCCCAUGUGAAUGAGGCAAAUAAAUCGCCGGCGCCGUCAUUGGGGUCUUUCUCUUCAAGUUAUGUCUUGAAGGCGCCGACGAGCCCUUUGGUUCAUCAAGCAAACAAUACCGAUCUGGAUUUCUCCCCUCGGGUAGACUCGACUGAGGCACCUGCUCUUCUUGACAGAGCUAAUCGCCGGCGGACGCUCCCGCCGGACACAUUUCGAGAUCUACAACCGUUUGCUGCGCAACUUGAGGCGACUCAAUCGAUGGGUUGGUCAUUGUCUCAUCGUCGGUCUUUGGCAUCGUCAUACAGUCUUCAACACGCAUCAUCACUGCAAUCUCGUUCUCCAAGGUCUAGAAGGCCGUCGCUUUCUUCCGAAGUAUCCCAUAGGUCUCAUGCUCCAAUGGUCGGCUCAUAUGAGGAGUCGAUCCUUCGGGGAAGGAUGUCGACUUGCCCGUCCAAGCCACUGGACUUUACCGCGCAGAUUGGUGUGUUGGGCAAAAGCAAGUGCAAAUCGAGUCUCAAAUGCCCGCCCCAUGUGACUAUCCCAUUUCCUGCCGUCUUCUACAGCUACCCAACAUCUGGCAACGGCCGCACAAUCUCAGAUGAUAGUCCUAGUCCUUACGUGGGGACAAUCGACCUCGAGAAUUCGCUGCCAAGGGACACCUCCCGCAGUCGACGUCGGAGACGUCAAAGCCCGGGCGACACUCGAAACGGUCGAAACACUGAAGAGCAUAUCAAAACCAACGACCAGGAAGCUCUGCGAAGACGGGAGAAAAGACACAGGAGGACAGAGUCGCCAAAAUCGCCACCAGGUGGCUCUUACAGAAUACCUCAACAAGGUCAGCUACAGGUCAUGAUAAAGAAUCCCAACAAGACAGCGGUGAAAUUAUUCCUUGUUCCCUACGAUCUGAGUGACAUGGAACCUGGUUCUAAAACCUUCAUUCGACAAAGAAGUUAUUCGGCUGGUCCGAUACUAGAUAUGCCUUUGUCCGCUAGGUCAAAUUACGGCACUGAUCGUCCUGAAGCGUCUUUGACCAAUUCCGAAGAUCCCAAAGACAAACCUGUGCUCCGCUAUCUCAUCCACUUGAACAUUUGCUGCCCAUCAAAAGGCCGCUACUACCUCCACUCAAGUAUCCGUGUUGUUUUCGCUAAUCGCGUACCCGACGGGAAAGAGAAGCUUCGGAAUGAGAUACAGCACCCUGAACCUCGUUAUUCGCCGUACAAAGUUACCCGUGAGACUAACCCACUGCGCGCCGCCCCAAGAUUCAAUGCGGAGAUUGUACCACGGGACUCAUCUCCUCAUCCGCAUGCCAACCACCGCGCAAAAGUUCAUCCAUUCCAGCCCAUUCCAUCCAUUCGAAGUGAUAUUGUUGGACUGGAAACCUCAGUGGCACCCAUAUUACGCUCUCCGGCACCUGAGCGUUACAAUAAGCUCAACAGAGGGGAAGCAGGUUACGGAGGCCAGCACUUGGGGUCGGCUGGAAGUCCUGAAGGUGAAAGCCUCCUAGCCAGAAAACUCCGAGGUCUAGAUGUCCAGAAACUCAAGGGCUCUUGAAGGCCUCGAUGAUUUGCCUAGCGAAGUCGUCUUCUUCAGGCUCCUCUGUCACCUUUCCCUGCGAACCUAAACCGCUUAACUUCUUCUCUCCUCUCCCCGCCCUUCUCAGAUUUUUCUCUAUACGGUUUGUAAUAAAUGUGGGAACUACACGCAUCAUACUACUUGUGUCUGGUCGGACUAACAGACUCCUUAAGAUGCAGACUCUUAUUGUAUAUUUUCUUCGCCUUACCUCUUGCAGUCAUACCAAAUCAAGGCACGGUCCUUAGGAACAGGCGCACGGGUCCAUUUUCUCUUGAUAUUAUACCCCAUUGCGCAGCGUGUCGUUCGAGGCGUGGAGCUGGCACUCCCACCUACCUACAAUCCUCAAGUCAUCGGACGUUUCCGAAGUUUUUACUAGUUCUACUUAUUGCUUCUUCUCUUGAACAAUACUGGCGCGAAGGAGUUGGUUUUGGAUAUAGUAUUGAGGGUUCUUCCACUUUGCCGAUAACCCUAGGUAUAAGCUCUCAAGAUUUGUAUACGUUUCCCAGUUCAAGAAACAUACUAUAAACAAAAAUACAACCUUCUUCUGGAAUUGACUUGUCCUAUACUUUGUGCUUAUGGGUUCGAAAAUGUAAGCUAAAAAAAGAGUAAGCAGAGUUUUGUAUACAGUACGUCCUUCUAUAUGCAGGUAAUGCUGUUAGUGGCCCCUGGCGAUUGGCUUCCGAACCAAUGCAAUCCAUUUACACCCACACGAGAUACAUGAAUGCUAGAGAAAAUGCAGACUCUCUCUAACCUACGUGUUCGACAAUCUCGUUGACGAGGACGCCAUCUUUGAUAGAGGUCUUAAUCUGCUCGGGGAUAGGGCACUCCUUAGUGUCCUCGUCGGUACCUUCCUUUGGAGGCAGCAUGACAUUCACGGCUGUAGACUUGCUCGAGAAGAUCUCGGUUUCUAGACUCUGCUGUGACAGAUAGAUGGUAGCACCGUCGACCUGGUCUAGCAGAAGAGUGGGAGCGACACCAUCAAUCUGAAGGGCGAACUUGGAGCACUUGACGACGUCAAGGGAGCUAACCAGUGAGUCGAUGAUGAUGGAGAGACCCUGGCAGUUAUCGAUAGCGAUUGCAUUCGCCUUGCUGGACACCUUGAGGAUCGUCUUGUUACAGCGGGAGAUGAGGAUGGACUGGUUUUGUUUGGCGGGGAUCUCAACAACGUCUCCGGGGUUAUCAAAGUUUUCGACGAACCACUUCGUGCCCUCGAGAUCCUUGCGGGGCGGUUUCCGGAUGCGCAUGCUCUCCGGCUUAGGCUUCUUGCUUGGAGCAGGGGACUUGGAACGGGCGCCAGCGCUUCCAGGCACGGUUGAGCUAGCUCGGAGGCUUGGGUUUUUGUGUGUCAUCUCAGACUUGUCGACCUUGCGGAGACCUGACGUGACGGCGUCUCCUUGGUUGAGCUGAGCGAAUACAGCGGACAUGUCUGAGGAGGAGCUCGGGCUCUGAUCGGGGAUCAUAGGAGGGGGGGGGGG